AUGUUUCCUGAAGCGCACCGGCGAAAGCACAAAUUCAAGACUCCACGAAGGUCGCCACCACUGCCAGACGACGAACUUACGUUCGCACAAUUCGGGCCCACAUUGGACAGAGAAGGAAAUGAAGCCCCUCCCCUGAAACGCCCGCGACCCCCAAGCAGCUCCAGAGUGCCGAGCAUCACAAUCUCUGAAUACUUGGGGAAUCCAUCAUCGCCUGCCCAUUGGAGCAGCACCACCACCAGCGCCAGCGGUUCCUCCUACUCCAAUUCCCAAUCCUCACUACCAAAGCACCAAAGACCACGAAGAUUCUACAACCCCGGCAAUGACCGCGAGAGAGCAACCGCUACUCCUUCACAAAAACAUGAUCCCCCAACCCCUUACCAACACUUCGAACGCAUAGCCAGCCUGAAAGCACAGUCCAGACCCAAACCUGAAAAAUCGAGAUUGCCCUUCCCGAGCGAGGCGUUACUGAGUCAGGAUGAGAAAUUGGAUGAGUUCAUAAGGAAUUCAUCGAGGUUACAUCAGGUGUUACAUGGACGGGUCGAGGCUCUCGAGAGGCUUGUUCAGGUGCUUUUGGAGGGGUAUCGGGAACUGAGCGGCCAUUUGAGGAAAUUGGAUGGGAGGGUGAAGGAGUUGGAGGAUGGCGAGGAGGCUUGGGAGGAUGCUAGGGAGGAGCGGGAACAGGAGAAAGAGGGCAAUGAACAGGAACGUGCUGUGGGAGAUCUCCAGAGUAUGACAACCAAGCCGAGGAAAGGAGGAGUUCAGGAGGGUGCAUCAUCAGCUGGCCAAAAUUCUGAGAAGGAAAGCUCAGGAUGGAGUAAAUCAAGUCCAUGGGAGCAAGCCAUGAGACGAGGACGAAUCCCAAACUUGGAAGAGCUCUAUAAGCAUUGGAGUGAAGAUGAGUACGAGAAGAGAAGACUGCGGAAUCUGGCGGCGAGGAGAAAGAAUGCGGAAGAAAUGGAGAAGGAGAAUGAAAUUCGUGGGAGGAGUGGGCGAAAUGUGGAGGGGAAGAGAGCUGUGAGACCUGAUGCAUAA